CCGUUCCAGAGAAUUCUUCAAUUCUCAUUCCCUUCCUUAGCAUAGAGCAACAAGCCCGCAACCAAUAAACUUCCCAGGUCAGCAAUGGCUGUCGCCAAUAACGGCACCAGCAAGCAGGGGAUCGAUCCUCCAUCGGAAACAACGGCAAGAAGGGCUGGUGAUGUCGAGCAGCCGCCGCCGCAGGCAGAUGGUGGCGCAGCAAUCGCAUCGGUGGUACAGCGUUGGAAGAGGGAGGAUUUUCAGGAAAAGGCGGGAUUGCUUCUUCGGGCGCUUCAAUUUCUCUUUUCUCUUCUUUCCUUCGUUCUUAUGGCUUCUAACAAGCACGGUGAUUGGAUGAACUUCGACCGCUACGAGGAAUACAGGUAUCUUGUGGCGAUAUCGUUACUUGUGUUUUUAUACUCGUCGGUCCAGCUUGUUCGGCAGGUUCGCCGUUUCAGCACCGGUCACGACUUUAUGCCCGCUAGGGCAGGAACGAUUUUCGAUUUCGCUGGAGAUCAGCCAUUCCAAUCACCAACCGCAUGCGAGAAGGUUCUGACAACAUAUUCACAGAUGCAUCCUCGGCUUCCAUCAGUAUGGCCUUCUUUGCAUUUUUAUCCUUUGCUCUGUCAGCUUUGGCCUCUGGAUAUAAACUUUCUAAACAUAGCUAUAUAUAAGUUGGUCUUGUCUGUUGAAUCCUCUUCGUGCAAUUUGUUUGUUUAUUGUCAUUUUGAUUGUCACAUAAGCACAUAUAUCAUAUAUGUAUGAUUGCUGUGAAAAUAUUACUGUAACUGAAUCGAUUUUUUCGUAAGAGAUUGUUGUAAAUGUCGCAAAAAUAAUUAUUUUAUGAAUGUGGUUUUUAUCUGUCAUUCUUCA